UUCCUUGCUCUCUCUCGUCUCCAACCUGCCAUCACGAAAAUGGUUUCACCACCAUCACCUUCUUCUUCUUCUUCUUCUUCUUCGGGACUGCUGACCGUGAACCGCCAUGAGCCGGAGUUGAUCUCCCCGGCGGGAGACACCCCGCGCGAACUCAAACCCCUCUCAGACCUGGAUGGCCAGGAUUGGCUUCGUUUUAUGCUCCCCCUCCUUCUCUUCUACCCACAAAGCCCCUCAAUGAAAGGCCGAGAAGACCCGGCGAGAGUUGUCAAGGAAGCGCUUGCGAAGGCGCUCGUGUACUAUUACCCGUUGGCUGGGCGGAUCCGGGAAGGGCCGGACUGUAAGCUCGGGGUGGACUGUACCGGCGAGGGGAUUCUGUUCGUGGAGGCUGAUGCCGACGUUAGCCUUCAGGAGCUCGGCGACUCCAUGAAGCCGCCAUGCGGCUUCGUAAAUGAGGUGUUGUGUGAUGUGGCUGAGUCGGGUGACAUCAUUGGGUGCCCUUUAUUGUCGGUCCAGGCAAGUAUCGUGUAAAAUGGACGAUAAUAUGUGAUGCGACUAACAAAUGAAAAUAAGAAGAGUUCGGAAAUUCAAAGAGUAUAGUUAUAACUUUUUUUUGUACUUUUCCCAAAUUAUGAUCAAGUAAUAUAAACCAUUUAAUUGUACUAAUUAAGAUUUCAUUCAUUUCCCAAAUUUUGAAAAAUAUUUUCUAGAUAAAUAUAAUUAUUUUUCGAUGUUCGGUUGAAUCCUAAAAAUGAAGCAUUUGCAUUUUUUGCUGUUGGAUAAAGAAAAUAUUUUC